AUGCCCAGAAGCAAAACAACCAAGACAAGUGAAAUCCCGAACGAGAAGAAUACAUGAUCGGGUUUGAAAUGACUGGAAAAAUGACCUAGCGAACGGCCCAUCCAGCCAUAAGAUGGCAUCAGUAAAGGUUGCGGUCCGUGUCCGGCCCCUUAAUAAAAGGGAGCGAGACAUGAAAGCGAAUGUUUGUAUUCAUAUGGAGGACAAGAAAACUGUGAUCACUAAUUUCCACGCUCCUGGUGGCGGAGAAGACAGCAAAGACUUCACAUUUGACCAUUCAUACUGGUCCGCCGACAGCAAUGAUAAACACUUUGCUUCUCAAGAACAGGUGUUUGAUGACCUUGGUACUGAUGUGCUAGGGGCAGCAUUUGAGGGCUACAAUGCCUGCAUCUUUGCUUAUGGCCAGACAGGUGCUGGAAAAUCGUACAGCAUGAUGGGCAUGGCGGAAGCUGAAGGGCUGAUACCAAGGAUUUGCAGGGGUCUUUACAGUCGUAUGAAAUCUUGUGCUGAUGACAAAACUGAAUUUCGCACAGAAGUGAGCUACCUCGAGAUCUACAAUGAAAAAGUGAGAGACCUUCUACAGCCAUCUAAGGGCAAGGAUCACUUCAACUUGAAAGUCAGGGAGCAUCCAAAAGAGGGCCCCUAUGUGCAAGAUCUUACCAAGCACCAUGUGGGUGACUAUGAAGGAAUUGAGAGACUUAUGGACUCAGGGAACUCCAACAGAACGGUGGCUUCUACAAAUAUGAAUGAUGUUAGCAGUAGAUCUCAUGCUAUUUUCACAUUGAGCUUCACUCAGGCCAAGUUUUAUACUGAUAUGCCGAGUGAGACAGUGAGCAAGAUCCAUCUUGUUGACUUGGCAGGAAGUGAGAGAGCAAACUCUACUGGUGCGACUGGCGAUAGGCUUAAAGAAGGUGCUAACAUCAACAAGUCGCUUGUCACUCUGGGGACUGUCAUCUCAAACCUAGCGGAUGCAAGUGAUGCUGGGGACUCCAAGAAAGAUGCCAAGAAAAAGCUGUUUAUUCCAUACCGUAACUCAGUACUGACUUGGCUACUGAAAGACAGUUUGGGAGGAAAUGCCAAGACCAUCAUGAUUGCAGCCAUUUCACCUGCUGAUGUAAACUAUUCCGAGACUCUCAGUACUUUGAGAUAUGCCAACAGGGCAAAGAACAUCAUUAACAAGCCCACUGUCAAUGAGGAUGCCAACGUGAAGCUGAUCAGAGAGUUGCGAUCAGAGAUAGAAAGACUGAGGACAAUGUUGACCAAUAAAGGCGAAGGAAGCUUAGAGAGCCUGUCUAUUGGCGAAGCUGAGAAAAACAGCAUUAAUGAACAGCUUCAUCAAAACGAGGCCAAGGUUGAGGAGCUUACGAAGAACUGGACAAGCAAAUGGCGGGAAACUCAGAAGAUUAUUGAGGAGCGAGCUUUAGGGUUCCGUUAUGAGGGUUCAGGUGUACGAAUGGAGUCUGAACUGCCUCAUCUUGUGUGUAUUGAUGACGAUGUGCUGAGUACUGGAGUGACACUUUACCAUCUGAAGGAGGGCAUGACUUACAUGGGAAAAGAAGGAGACAAUAGUGCACCAGACAUCAUUCUAACAGGGCCUGGUAUUGAUGGGAGCCAUUGUAUCAUGGAAUGCAUUGAUGGGAAUGUUAUUAUGCACCCCCUUGCCACUGAGGGCUGCCAGAUAAACGGAGAAAAGGUCACCAAAGCUAAACGCUUGUCUCAAGGUGAUGUUGUUCUUCUGGGCAAAACAAACAUGUUCAGAUAUAACCACCCCCAAGAAGCUGCUAAACUACGAAAACAGCGCUAUCUCGUUGGUCGAGCGUCGUGGGCUUUGCAGGAGGGUUCAGAUGUUGAUCAACAGGAAGAGUAUGAAUCAAUGGAGAACCUUGCUGAGAUCGGAACGGAACCAGAACGAACACCAUCCUACCUAUUUUACAAUGCAGGUCUUGAGCUUGAGCGACAGUACAGAGAAGAAACGAAGUUAAUAGAACAACAGAGGUCCGAUUUGGAGCAGCAACAGAAAGAAGCAGCUCGUAAAUUGGAAGAAGCAAGAUUAGAGCUUGAAGUCCUUAAAGCGCAGCAGGAGAAGGCUGACCAGACUCGCUCCCAAGAAGAAGAAGAGCGCCAGCGUGAAAUUCAGGAAAACAAGCUCCAGCUGGAAAAACAGAAAAAGUACCUGGAAGAACUACGCAUAGAACAAGAGAACGCAAGGAAGAGAGCAGAAGAAGAGAUCAAGGAGGUCAAGGAGAGAAUCAAGAAGGAGCAGGAAGAGGAGAGGAAGCGCAUGGAGGCGGAGAUGCAGAGACUGCUUGCCUUGGAAGAGGAACACCGCAAGACGGUGCACCAGAAAGAGCAGGAGAUGGUCCGGGUCAAGGAGGAGCUAGAAAAGAAGUGGCUUCAGGAAAGGCAGCAGGUGGAGCAGCAGCGGCAGGAGGUAGAGGUACUCCAAGUGGAGAUAGAAAACAAACGCAAGGAGGUUGAGCAAGUUGAGCAGCAGAUCAGGCUGACAGCCGAACACAAUAGUAAGACGCCCUCUCCUGGCCGACUCAGCCCAAGUCAUCGCCAUCCAAGAAUUCCUGAGGAUGAUGAUAUCGAGGGAUCAGAUGAGGAGGCUAUGGGUUUUGCCGUAGGUGAGAAAAAAAAGACUCACAUAGAGAUUCUCCGUGAACGAAUGCAGGCGCUUGAGGCGGAGUAUGAGGAACAAAGGAAGACAGCGCAAUACGAAAUAGCUACUGCGAAAGAGGCUGUGAGAAAGGCAGAACAGGAGGCUUUAGAAGGCUUAAGAAGUCUCACCACUGGGAAGUCAGCGAUUGAAGACCAGUGGCAGAAAGUCGAGGAGGUACAGCUUAAGCACAAGAUGAUUCAUGACCAACAGUUAGCCAAGAUGCGAGACGUGCGAGAGAUGCUUGAUCAAGCUGAGGAGGCGGAGGAAGCUGUGCUCAUUGAAAAAGAGAAGAUAAUCAUGGAGCGAAGGGCUGCCAGGCAUAAGGUGGAGGAAGUAAGGCGCAAGCUGGAGGAGCUAGAACAUGAAGACAAGGUUGUGGAGCUGACUGAGGAAGACUUCAACAAGAAAAAGGAGCUCCUGGAAUGGGAGACGCGUGAGGAGAUUAAAGACAUCCGCGAAGAGAGAAGAAUCCUGAACGAGCUUUAUAACAAGCAUCAAACAGCCUUGCAAAAAGCUACCCAGAUGGUCACAGAAACUAAAACUAAACUGGAAAAACACUUGGAAAGCGAGAAGUUUAUGUUAGUGCCGCUGCGCGCGAAGGUAGAAAGCUUGGUGCGGAAUGAGCUUGGUCCGCUUAUAGUAGCGGAGCAAGAGAUUGAGAGACGUUGCGAAGAGGUCGAUUAUGAAAGCAGGGAGAGGAAAAAGCUCAUCUACAAACAGCGCAGGAGAAUCGCCCUCCUUGAACGCCAGCACAAUCAAGCUCUACAGCAGGCCGAAAAAGAAACAUUGAACGAGGAGGAGUUUGAAGAACUAGAGAACGAGCGAGAAGCUGAGCGUAGUUUAAUCCGCAAGGAGAAAGUACGACUUCUGGAGUUGGAGAAAAAACACAAGGAGCAACAAGAAGUGGCUGAACUGAUGAUUGGUGAAGCGGUAAAAGACCUCGAGAAGCACAAGUCGCAAGUGAAUCAGACACUAGAGCACGAGAGAAAGAAACUUGUGGAUCUGGAGUCAGUGCACAAGGAAACAUUGGAGCACAUUGAGCAUGAGUUAGAGGCCCGAACUGAGAUGCUCCACCGAGUUAAGGACAAGGUACAAAAGGACAAGCGACAACUCGCCAAGUUAGAUGUGCGACAGCAGAGAUGUGCCGCCAAAGCGGCCGAGGAGCUGUUUAUGAUGGCAGAUCUUCUAGAGAAGGAGAUGAGCGAUAAGGGAAAGACAGAGGAGCUGAUGAAGAUCAAGGAACACCGUAAGAAGCUUCAAGACCUAGACCGACAACUUCGCAUGGCUGAGCGCAAAGAGAGGGGAGGCCGAGGCGAAGACGACCAGAACUCAUGUACACUCAUCUGACUAGCACCAAUUACUACUGCCCCCAAGACGGUGUUCCUGGCUAGGAUUAUCUGUCUUCUGGUAGCUCUUCUUGGCGGCAUCACAUUAAUCUCAUUGUCCCUUUACUUCCUUCUCUUUAUAUUUAUUUGUUUGUACAUUUGUUUCUUUUUGAUAUCCGUUGUAGUUUUCAGUAUUUUAUCAGUAAUACUGUUUGUUUUGUGGUUCGUCUUAUUUGUUCUGCCUCUUGUGUUGUGUUGUGGCUUGGCCAUUUGUGUUUUGAUGUCUGGUUAAAGUCGGAAUUGAAGUUUGGAUUUUUUCUUUAAUUUCUUUUUUGGUAAGAGCAAAAGCUAUGUUCAUUUAACAUGAAUUAAUAUUGAUAUAGAACAUGCUAUUUUAGCAUAAUUGGAAUUAUCAAGGGGCCUUUUUUACUUUUCAAAAUGUGGAAAAUGUUCUUAUGUUUGCAAUUGCCAGCAUUCCUGCUAGCAUGGUGAGCUAUGUAUAUAUUAGAUUGAUAAGCCCAUGCAAAAGAACAAACACGAUUUCAUGAUAAGUGGGUAUUGAGAAUGUGUUGGUAAUGCAAGCCUGUAGUCCUCACUAGACUUGUCCCAUUCCUAUGAAAGAAAAAUGUUACGUGUACAAGCUAAUUAUGAAGUAUCAAAGAAAUUAUGGUCCACCAAAGUAGAAAUCCCCUCCCCUAUUAUGCUGGCUACAGGCUUGCCAUGUUUACGUCAAACAAUUAAUGGUGCAGAAUACAUAAUAUACUAAAUGAGGUGUAUAGAUUUCAGACUUGGGAACUAGGGUUUAUAGAGACAAAUUAGAAGGACUUACAUUAACUCUAAGUAAGCUCGAACCAACUGUGUCAACUAUUGUGUAUUACUGACCAAAAUGCUUUCCUGGUUUAUUUUGUUUCAUUUUGUAGUAUAAUGUACCCCAUUAAACUAUUUAUCAGGAAGCCAUUUCGGUCGGCAGUAGGCUACAUUGACAGUAUAAAAAAACUUAAAUGAGUAAUUUACAAGCCUCUGUGGCAUUUCUCAAAGCAAUAUGAAAAUAAUAAUUAGGGAUUGAAUUAUUUAAAUAGGCAAAGGCUUAACAUGAAUUGAAUAUUAAUUGAUAAUUUGGAGGAGAUACCACAAUUUGUUGAACUGUGUAUGAAGACAUUGUUUCUUGCUCAUCCUAGAGUCAAAUGAUGAAGUGAUAUAUUUAUUUUUCAUAAUAGAAUUCAUCAUGGGGUAACAUUUACUGUAUAUUUAUGGGUCCAUCCCUAGGUGCCUCAGUUUUGCUGGGCCUAAAUUGGUGUAAUUUAUUUGUUUGAUGCAAUAACUUAUGGGUCCUAUGUAGACAUAUGGGCAAUCAUGAUUAAAUAGUGUGUGCUCUUAUUCAUCUCAACUUGUGGAAAACAAUAAAAGCUGUGCUGAAACAAA